AUGCAUCUCUUCAAGCCUCUUCUCGCAACCUGCGUGUGUUUCGCCCAGGUCAGUUUGGCCACCGUGGCAUUCACCAGGUGGCCAACAACUGUCUACACUGGAAAGCCAGCCACCAUGUACUGGAAGGGUGAUUCAGACGCUCCCGCUACUAUCACCCUGCGACAGGGCCCGUCCGGCAACCUCAAGACCCUCAAAGUCCUGACGCGUGACGCACAAGGGGGCUCAUACACAUGGAUCCCCGAAGAGUCCCUCCCCGCCAGAUCCGACUAUGCCUUGCAGAUCGAACAAGACGGUCACAUCAACUACUCUGGUCUUGUGACUCUCGCUGAGCAGCCUGGCAAGGGGCCUGCACAACCUUCACCGUCCAAGAACGCACCUCUUCCCUCCGACAGCACCCCUCCGCUCGGCGGCGCAAGGAACGGUGUCCAGAGAGGCAACAAUGGCUAUAUUCCUAAUUUGGAUAGCUCGUAUGCCCGCGUUAACAUGACCUCGGGUAAAAGCACGGCGCAUUCGAACACCAACGACGGUGUCACUGUCCGAUACAUCUCUCCGGAGAUGACGCUGGCAGCCUUAGCUGCUGUCGUUUAUUUUGCCGCCUGA